AUGCUCGAGCGAAACCGCGAGACACAAGAAACAACGGCCGUCAGGGCAGAAUUGGGGAUCCAAUCCCUACGGUCCGGAAGAGACGCGAGAAAGCUGACAUGGCAGUAUCGCAUGUGCGGGAUGGGAGAGGAGANGAAGGGUAAGGUCAAAUUCAGGACCGGGGACAUAGGCCUUCUAGAACGUGGACGAAGACAUAGGACGAUAGACGAGGAAGACGACGAGUUCAAAUGUGAUUGCGGCUUCGAAUGCGAAGACCGUGUUCAUGUAGUCGCGGAAUGUCCGUUGUACAAGAAGGAGAGGGAAGUGUACGUGACUGAGCUGGGAAAAAUAGAUGGAACGUACAGGGAGAUGUUUGAGGCAUGGAAUAGAGAGGAAAGGACGGUAGCUGUACUGGGGCAUAGGAGAUGGGCUGAAAAGGCGGGAAGAGAUAUCGUUAGGAUAGGCAGACUAGGGAAGACAUUUUUGAGCCACCUUUGGCAAAGUAGAAAGGAACGAUUGGCGAUCGGUGAUCGGUCCUGUGGGAACAAUGCUCCGUCCUCUCGAGGACCCGUCGUCAAUGG